AUGGAUGCUGCGGGAAGGGGCUGCCAUUUGCUGCCCCUGCCAGCGGCGCGCGGACCUGCCCGCGCUCCCGCCGCCGCUCCCGCCGCCGCCGCCGCCGCCGCCGCCAGUAGCCGGCCGGGCCUGUGCAGCGGCAGCGCCGGGGCUCCGUCGGCGGCCGCCCGAGCGCUCGCCAUGAACCCCAGCUCCUCGGCGGGAGAGGAGAAGGGGGCGACGGGCGGCGGCGGCGGCGGAAGCGGCGCCGGGAGCUGCUGCCUGGGCGCCGAGGGCGGCGUGGACCCGCGGGGCGCUGGGGCAGCGGCGGCGGCGGCGGCGGCGGCGGCGGCGGCUGCCCUGGAAGAACCCGGGGCCGCCGCCGGGCAGAGGGAGAAGGAUGAGGCGCUGGAGGAGAAGCUGAGGAACUUAACUUUCCGGAAGCAGGUCUCUUACAGGAAAGCAAUCUCCCGGGCCGGCCUCCAGCAUCUGGCUCCUGCACAUCCUCUCAGCCUUCCAGUGGUGAAUGGUCCAGCGAAGGAGCCCAGAGCGACUCUGGACUGGAGUGAGAAUGCCGUGAAUGGGGAGCACCUGUGGCUGGAGACCAAUGUCUCAGGAGAUCUCUGCUAUCUGGGGGAGGAGAACUGCCAAGUCCGAUUUGCAAAAUCCGCUCUCAGGAGGAAGUGUGCCGUCUGUAAAAUCGUGGUCCAUACCGCCUGCAUCGAGCAACUAGAAAAGAUUAACUUCAGAUGUAAACCAACAUUUCGAGAAGGAGGCUCGAGAUCACCAAGAGAAAACUUUGUGCGCCAUCACUGGGUGCACAGGCGGCGGCAGGAGGGAAAGUGUAAGCAGUGUGGUAAGGGCUUCCAGCAAAAGUUCUCCUUCCACAGCAAAGAGAUUGUGGCCAUCAGCUGCUCCUGGUGCAAGCAGGCGUUCCACAAUAAGGUGACCUGCUUCAUGCUGCAUCACAUAGAGGAACCCUGCUCCCUGGGGGCUCAUGCUGCUGUCAUUGUGCCGCCUACGUGGAUCAUUAAGGUGAAGAAACCUCAGAACUCCCUGAAGGCUUCCAAUCGGAAAAAGAAGAGAACCAGCUUUAAAAGAAAAGCCAGCAAAAGAGGGGCAGAACAGGAAAACCGAGGUCGUCCUUUUGUAAUAAAGCCUAUCUCCUCUCCUCUCAUGAAACCUUUGCUUGUGUUCGUGAACCCGAAGAGUGGAGGCAACCAGGGAACCAAAGUCCUACAGAUGUUCAUGUGGUACCUAAAUCCACGGCAAGUCUUUGAUCUUUCUCAAGAAGGACCAAAAGACGCGCUUGAAUUGUAUAGGAAAGUACCAAACCUGAGAAUUCUGGCCUGCGGUGGAGAUGGAACGGUGGGCUGGAUCCUCUCCAUCCUGGAUGAGCUGCAGCUGAGCCCUCAGCCUCCCGUGGGGGUCCUUCCUCUGGGGACUGGGAAUGACCUGGCUCGGACACUCAACUGGGGAGGGGGCUACACCGAUGAGCCUGUUUCUAAGAUCCUGUGCCAGGUAGAAGAUGGAACCAUUGUGCAGCUGGACCGGUGGAACCUCCACGUGGAGAGAAACCCGGACUUGCCUGCAGAAGAGCUCGAGGAUGGCGUGUGUAAGCUUCCUCUGAAUGUCUUCAACAAUUACUUCAGCCUUGGAUUUGAUGCCCACGUCACACUGGAGUUCCAUGAAUCCAGAGAAGCAAAUCCAGAGAAAUUCAAUAGUCGUUUUCGAAAUAAAAUGUUCUAUGCAGGGGCAGCCUUUUCUGAUUUCCUACAAAGAAGUUCUAGAGAUCUAUCCAAACAUGUUAAAGUUGUUUGUGAUGGAACAGAUCUCACCCCAAAGAUUCAGGAACUGAAGUUCCAGUGUAUAGUAUUUUUAAAUAUACCCAGAUAUUGUGCAGGCACAAUGCCCUGGGGAAACCCUGGAGACCACCAUGAUUUUGAGCCCCAGCGUCAUGAUGAUGGCUAUAUUGAAGUCAUCGGAUUCACCAUGGCCUCUUUGGCUGCUCUGCAGGUCGGGGGCCAUGGAGAAAGGCUGCACCAGUGUCGGGAGGUGAUGCUUCUGACCUACAAGUCCAUCCCCAUGCAGGUGGAUGGGGAGCCCUGUAGGCUGGCACCGGCCAUGAUUCGGAUCUCCUUGAGGAAUCAGGCCAACAUGGUUCAGAAGAGCAAGAGGAGAACCUCCAUGCCUUUGCUCAAUGAUCCCCAGUCUGUCCCAGAUCGCCUGAGGAUCCGGGUGAACAAAAUCAGUCUGCAAGACUAUGAAGGGUUCCACUACGACAAAGAGAAACUCCGGGAAGCUUCCAUUCCUCUGGGUAUUCUAGUUGUACGUGGAGAUUGUGACUUGGAGACUUGCCGUAUGUACAUAGACCGUCUGCAGGAGGACUUGCAGUCAGUUUCUUCUGGCUCUCAAAGAGUUCAUUACCAGGAGAAUCCUCAGUUAUCCCUGCCCCAGCUGACGGAAGCGCAGUCUCCUCCCUGCUCCUUUGUCCCUCCUGUGCCGCACACACCUCUUCAGCCAUCCUUUUCCCCAUCCGAUUUCCCGGGCACGACACAGGACCAUGAAACCUCCUUCCCCAGGGCGCUCUCAGCUCAGAGGCUGUCCCCUCGAUGGUGCUUCCUAGAUGCAACUUCUGCUGACCGCUUUUACCGAAUAGACAGAUCUCAGGAACAUUUGCACUUUGUGAUGGAGAUUUCCCACGAUGAGAUUUUUAUUCUUGACCCAGAUAUGGUGAUGUCACAGCAGGCGGGGACCCCUCCUGGCAUGCCUGACCUGGUGGUGGAGCAGGCCUCAGGGCUGUCCGACUGGUGGAACCCUGCCCUGCGGAAACGCAUGCUGAGCGAUAGUGGGCUGGGGAUGAUCACACCCCAUUAUGAAGACUCUGAUAUGAAAGAUCUCAGCCACUCCCGAGUGCUACAGUCACCAGUCUCUUCAGAAGAUCAUGCAAUUUUGCAGGCAGUAAUAGCUGGUGACCUUAUGAAGCUCAUUGAAAGCUAUAAGAACGGAGGCAGCCUGCUCAUUCAGGGACCAGAACACUGUUCACUCCUUCACUACGCAGCUAAAACUGGCAACGGGGAGAUUGUGAAAUACAUCCUUGACCAUGGACCUUCAGAGUUAUUGGAUAUGGCAGACAGCGAAACGGGUGAGACUGCACUACACAAGGCUGCCUGCCAGCGGAACCGGGCGGUGUGCCAACUUCUGGUGGAUGCAGGAGCAUCUCUGAGAAAGACGGACUCCAAGGGAAAGACACCCCAAGACAGGGCUCAGCAGGCUGGGGACCCAGAUCUGGCUGCUUACCUAGAAAGCCGUCAGAACUAUAAGAUCAUUGGCCAUGAGGACCUGGAAACUGCUGUUUGACCCCGGUAGAUGGGCAAAGAGAACACGAGUGAGCGUAUCACCUAUGCCCUCUCGGCCCCUGGGCAGCUCUCCUGGAUGAAGCGGACGGAAUCCACAUCUGCCUCUCUCCUGCAAGAAUCUAUCUGAGACCAGGCCACCAGGUUGUAAGGGCUACUGGGAUGUGCAGCAAGACAUGAUAGCCCAUUGAGAAGAAGGCAGGCUACCUGGAGAUUGGUGGAAGACAUCUUCCACAAAAAUGUGAUCCUUAUUGCUUCCAGCAAGUAGCAUGAACUUGUGUUCAUCUGUCUAAUUUAUUUUUUUUUUUAAUGCAAAGGAUGUUUGUAUAAAUGGCACUGCUCCCUCCUCCUUCUCUUCCUAGGCAUUCAUCGCUCAUCAAUUUAGAAAAUAUAUUAUCUGUUCUCUUUACAUUCAGUCUUUGAAGACCACAAGGUUGUCUGAAGGUCUUUUAAAUUCCUUUGAUGUCCUGAAGAAGUAAAACUGUAAAACCACUUCCAUUUCCAAGACUAAACCAACCACUUAGUGACUUUGCAUGCCCCUCCCCCGCUAAGCACCCCCUCCUCCCGUUGCAUCACGUAGGAGCUGAGAAGCGCCGCAUAGGUAAUGUCAAGUUACGUGCUAUGUCUCUGGCGCGUCCGGGAGGUGGUAUAGGAGCCUUCUGUGCUCAGAGGUACCUCAGAAAGGUUAUGCAGGGUUUGGCCCAGGCAACUGCUGUUCAGCCAAGCAGUCAUGAAGAACUGGGUCGGCUUGGGCUGGUUGCACAACUCCAUACUGCCUACGUGUAGCGGACUUUCCUUUGUGCUGCAAAAGACAUGAGCAAAAGAUUCAACAGAGGUGGGUAGCCAGGUUGCAGAGCCCCUUGAUUCUCAGUGCAGUUUGAAUGGCAAGGUCGAAACUGUGUGGGAAAGGUGGUUGCAGGAAUGGAGCACUCUAACUAGCCUACCUUCAGGCAUUGCAGAAUCAUCAUAGAAAGCAGAGACUAACUGACUUGAUUUAAAAAGAAAAAAAAAAAAUUCAGAAGUAUCAGAUCAAAAUGGCAGACUCCAACAAGGACAGGCUCACAACUGUAGACUCCUGGGUUAUAGCUGUGGACAGGGUUCCCUUUGGGUGUUUUUUUUCUUCUAGGUUUUAGUUUCAUGACUGUGAGGAAGACUUGGCCCAAGGACCAAGCCUUUUUUUACAAGUUCCACUGUCGGAUAUCCGGGAAGCCUGGCUUUUUCUGAUACAUAUUUACGUAUUACUCUUCAGGUCCUGAAGUCUUCCCUGACAACCAUUUUUUUUUUUCCAUGGGUAGGAUAGCCUGCCAUACUCCUUUCUCUCCAUUGUUUUCCUCUUGUCCCAAAUUUCUUAGUUCAAACCACUGUGGGAGCCGAGUCAGAAAUGCCUGUCUGCCACCAAGGUUGAAACAUCCAGUCAUGCCACCGACUGAGUGGGGCUGUGGGAACUGAAAAUAUCAUGAGAAGAAGUCGAACUUUCUUUCCCAAACCUACUGGAUGUGGGUGUAAGUCACUGAUCAAAGGGGGCAUCUGAGGGCUUUUCUUCCAGCUUCCUUGCAUUUUGCUCUUGAACACAGGAAAAUGCUUCCUCACUGUUUCCGUGUGGGACCAUAAAUGAUCAUUUCUCUGCAUUCAAUUUAAAGGUCCAGUGGUAACACAGUGUUUGUCUAAAUUACAUUUCGGUCAUAUGUCAUGAUUUUGAAAGGACGGACACGAUGCACUGUACUAAGUUGGAGCAGCCUUUCGGUGGCUGGGGAUUUCAUUACCACAGUCUGCAUAGUCAUUUCAGGAUUAUUGCUGGCAUUGUGUCCAGCAGUGGGAGAAUGCGUUGGCUAUGAGUAAUCUGUUUCCAGACGUCAGUCUCAGAAAUUGAGCUUUCUCUUGGAUUUUAAAAGUGAGGGAAGGAGGGCCUGGGAGUAGAUUGUUUCCAGGAGCUGGAAAAUAAAUAUGCUGUAAGAAAAUUAACCACUGGGUUUCUGCUGGGAGUUUUCCAGUUAGUGGGACUGUCAAGGAAAUACUGUGAUGACAGAAAUAUAAUCCUUAAAAUGUGCUGGAACCUGGCUUUGAAUGGUGCCUUCCAUUCCCUGGAUUGAGCCAAGCAUUAGGCCACGAAGUCCGUUACCCAGAUGGCCACUGCUGGGAUGAAGGAAUAUAUUUUCAUCAACCACCAUCUCACAUUUCUCUGUGAAUGCUUCAAAUCAGUCCAGAGAAAAUUUAGGGUACAGAUGGCUGGAGGCCAAUUCAAAUAUCUCCAGCUGAAGACACAUAUAAAAAAAGAAAACUCUGAAAGCAGAUGAAGUGCUGACUACUGGAAGGGUCCAGGGGCAUCUGGGAAUUGUUCCAAAGAGAAAGUACAUUAGACCCUACAUUAUUGAUGGGGAGCAAAACAUGAUCCAUCUCUUUGAAAAGGCAAAUAUCUCUAGGACUUUGGCCUUUUUAAAAAAAAAAUGACCAAAACAGCCACUUAUUUAAUAGCUUCAAAUUAAAUCUACCUCCUAUAGAUUUUUUUUUUUUUUAAAUUGGUUGCUGUGUGUGACAGUCCUGAGCUUUAGAAAGAGAUAAGGUCCCGUGGCCUGGGAGUGUCUAUCUCAGCUUAGAUAUAUGGCGUUGCCUUUAGUGAGCCAUCAGGUCUGGUCCUGCUCUGAAAACCCACAAAAGUUUAAUGGACAUAAAAUAAGUACCUAUCGAAAUGCCAUUUUUAUAGUUUGCUGACGACACUGUGCUGUGAGGAACAGAUGACCUACUGGCUUUCCCGUGCUGUCGAACUGAAUUCUCUGGGAUUCUACUUUAGACUAGGCUGAUGGAUGGAUUAAAAAAAAAAACAAAAAACAAACAAAAAAACGAAGUGUUCCUUAAAAGCAGCAUGCUGUUAUUGCCCUAAAGGUGGUCAUUUUUGCAUCCCUGCAUUAUUACAAACUCCACGAACUAGAGCCCAAGGCAGCUCGGCUUGAACACAUUCAAGGACUCAAGUCAGGAAACAGUAGACUAUUAGUAAGCCAAGAAGGAAAUAAAUACCUUGCCUUGAGACUUCUGGUCGCUUCUAUGGUGAUGAGCACCAAAGCCCAGUGCAAGUAGUUCCGAGGCAGGAUUUAGCUGCAACGAAAUUAGUAGCGACCGGUGGGGCACCUCACAUGCCCUCUGCUUCCAGUCUUCUCAGAUGGUGCCCAGGCAGGUUUGUCUGGGUGGUGCAGUACUCCACACAUCACUCAUUUGCAUUUGGACCUAGUCAUGAUCCCUUGGCCUGAGGGAUUUCUGAAAUUUAUUUGCUAGCAUUUACUCAUGAUCGUCAUGCCUUAGAAAAUAAUGAGCAGCAGUUUUGUCUUAUUACAUGUCAAUUCUAUACUCCUUGUUUAAUACUUCUUAGAUUUUAUUUUCACCCAUGAGAGUAACAUAUCUUUUGAAAAAUUCAGUUUCCACAUAGCAUCCCUCUGCACUGGUGCCCUAUCUCAGACCCCAGAGAGAAACCCAAUUAGCAGUGGUAAGCAUGGUUGCUUGUAAGUCAGAAACAUCCAGUCCACACAUCUAUAUAUACAAAUGGAUUCAUUGUAUACUUAUAUCUGUAAACAUAACACGCCUAUUUAUUGCUCAGCUUUGAAAACAAAAGCUAAUCAUCUCUCUAUCUGCAUAGUUAACACUGAUAGGCAAAGGUUGAUAAAGCAACAGAAUUUUCAUUUAAUUUUUUUUCUACCAUUACUGCGCUUAGUUCUGUUACUUGAGUUGCAAUUUUUUUUAUUAUCCUUGUCAUAAAAAUCCAUGACCAAGAGGUUUUUGUUCUAAUUGUUUAUCUUGCCUUCCAUGAAACAUGAAACUAGCCUUAGUCCUGAGACUUGCCCAGGCUAAUUUUUGGAUCUCAAGUAGACGAAAGAGAGUUUACUUUUCUAUGAUGCUCACCCUGUUUACAAAGCUAACCCUCAGUAGGUUUCCUAAUGAUAUUUAAGUAUGGAAUGCUAUUAUCCGGAAGGGGUAAAUACUUGGAUGUGGUGUGGGGUCUGAGCAGCUUGUCUUCUUGGAGGAAUAUCUGAUUAAAUCACUGAGAACAGCAUGAUAUUCUAUUCAAUUAUGUUCUUUAAAAAUAAAAAUAGAUCUUUGUUAAAAUGGCUCACUGUAAACAUCCAGUAAGACUGCUAAUUGCUCCACUUAACUAAAUUGUACUCAUUUUAAGAAAAGAAAGUAGAUGAAUGUCUAUUAAAUUAGUUCUGAUUACUCUGUAAUAUUUAUUUAGCACAGACUUGCUUCUGCCCACAUUUCAAUAGCUGUUUCUGAAUCUAUGUUUCUCAGCUCUGGCUCUACAUUCAACAAAAGUAAAUUCCCUUCUUUAUGCCCAAAUUUUCACUCAUCUCUUAUUCCCCCGGAAUUUGCCCACGACAACAGUCCUGCCACUGCCGUCUACCAUUGUAUCACCCAGCUACCGAAAAGCUUACCCAGAUGUUAUGAUUACAACAUAUCAAAAUGAAAUUUCCCUCAAAAGAACUAUCCACAGUGUCCAAACGAUAAGUGCUUGUCCAUUGGCGUUGCUCAUCUUAUAAAGCUAUGAUUAGUCUUUUUCUGAGAAGUGAUCUAUGAUGCUUAACAUCACAUUAAUAGCUGUUCCUUUCAUAGCAAAUGAUGUAACUAACAUAUACCCUUGAUUUUGCCAGGAGGACUGGAUUAUAUAUGGUUUAUUUAUACCAUAAAGGGGCACCUACAGAUUUAGAGCUGUUUCCCCACAACUUAAAGAGAAACCAAAAAAAAAGCAGAAAUAAAUAAGCAAGGAAUUGCACACUGGAUUAUUUUUUUUUAUAGGACACUGAGAUUCAUUAUCCUGUUCCUUAAAAGGAACCAGAAAAAAUAAUCCAUAUACCAUUAAAGAACAUGUUGCAGUGGAAACUUGAAUAUCAUAUGGUGUCUUCAUGAUGGAUAGAUUCCAGACUCUCUCUAGAUAUAACCAGUAAGGUGCAUGAAAUCAUAUGUUCAUUAAUCAAUCAUAUUUGCAUGUAUUUCAACAUUCUUUUAAAAUAUUUAUCACUUAUUCUGCUACUAAGGGCAUAUCUGUGAAUGCAAUAUAUAAACAACUUGAAGGGACAAAAGACAAGUGGGGAAAAAGACAACUUUGAGUAAAGGAAAUUUCACCUGGGAACUGCAGGGAACUCUAGCAUGCUCUGAAGUUCAGCUGAGGCCUCCUUGUGUAUGUUGCACAUUGGCUAGCAAGUCUUAAUUCUAUAAAAACACAUGUUAGCUAGGGAAGAAAUAUCAUUAUCUCCUAUUUUCACUUUCUUAGGAUCCUGGUAAUGUCCUUAAAAAUGCGCUGAAAACUAAAAGUUUAAAAUGCAUCUUAGAUACACUACUGAAGUAGGAGCUAAGACUCAUGUAGUCAAGCUCUCAAGAGCAAAACCAGAGAUGAAAAGCAGAAUUUGUAGUGGGUUUUGAUGAAAUAUCAAGAAGAGGUAUGAAUCACAAAUCCUGCAGUGGGCAUCUGUAUCCAGUGGGUAACAUUUAAAUAGAGGCUAUGUGACCAUCUUUAGGAGUGUUGUGGUUAGGGCCAUACAAUCUGAAGGGGAUGGAAUUAGAUUCUGUUAUUUAAAGUUGCUUUUAAAAUUUGGGUUUUGUUGAGUGACAGUAUUUUUUAAAUUAAAUUCAAUAAAAUCUUGAUUUUUUAGACAUUAAAUCAUCACUUUAUACAUGAGAAACCUUAAGAUCUAGGGGAGAAAGACCUUUAGUUAUUUCAAUUUUUUGUUUAAAAAAAACUAUGAAUUAAGAGCUAGCGAGAAGGAAACACAAAGAGCAAAACAUUUGAAAUAGGAGGCAUCAUGAAU